AACGUAGAUUUUUCGGGGAAGUGGAGAGAUUGCGCGCGCUGUAGCUGGGCGGGUGGAUUUGAAGCGCGGCGGUUGAACAGAUUGGGAGCGCAGAGAGAGCGGCAAGUUGAGGAGAAUUGACUGAGCCUAUUGUGAGCGCCUCCCUAGGCGAGCAUCAAGGCUUUUAUUUCCCAUCAUCAUGGAGGCGCCCUCUCCGCAGCACCUGGAGAAGCUAAAGUACAGCGAGCUUCAGUGCCUGGCGAAAGUAGUGGGGCUGAAGGCCAACCUGAAGGCAGACAAGUUAUUAAAUGCAUUGAAGCAGCACUUCCAAGAGUCAGUACAGGAAAAUGGUAGUAUGAUCAACAAAAGAGGUAUCUCAUCUUCUGAAGAUACAGAGGAGCUUGAUAGCAGUCAGAUACCUUUAGACAUGUCCUUGGUCACCAAAAGGCGUAGAAAACAGAAGAGAGAUAAUGUACAGGAAAAUCUAGAAGAAGAGGUGCUGAUGGAGCUGAAAGAAAGUGAAAGGUCUGAGGGUGCCGGAUCUGGAAAGAUGUUGAACCAAAACAAAUAUUUAGAGAACAGCGGAACUGCAGGGAACUUGACAGAGAAUUCAGCUACUCCAAGUCAACAAAGAGAGAGUAUUCCUGCUAGGAAGAAAAAAGUUCACAAUUGCACUCCUGGAAAAAAACCUCAAUUCACAGCCACCCUGUCCAAAUCUGGAAGAAAAGGAGUCGUGUCCACCACUCCAAACUUCAAGAAACUUCAUGAGGCUCAGUUCAAGAAAAUGCAAUCUAUUGAUGAUUAUAUUGAAAGGAAAAACAGCAUGAUUAAAAAAUUCAGCAAUUCAGUAAAUGAGGUCAAGAUGAUGGCUAAGAAGAGUAACUGUCUGAAGACAUCUCAGAAGGAAACUCGGAACAGUAAUUCCAAGACACGUUCCAGUUUCAGAAGACUCUUAUUAAGCCCCUGUCCUCAAAAGAAGAGCCUCUCCACUAACUCUACUCCUGUGAACUUCCAGCGCUCGCCACAUAAUUCUCAUGGCACUGCAAAUAAAAGUAUAACUACCAAAAUGAACGUCAGAUUCUCCGAGUCCACAAAGGAUAAUGAACACAAGCGCUCCUUGACCAAGACACCAUCUAGGAAAUCUCCAUUUCUUGAUGCUUGCACCCCAGAUAACCAGAUGAGCAAUACAUCUGUGACUACUAUAACUCCCUUCAAGUUCACAGCUCGGACUCCAGAGCCCACAAGCACUAAGAAGCCAGUAUUUGAUCUCCAAGCAAGUCUGUCAAGGCCACUAAGUUAUCAGCCACACAGAGGGAAACUAAAGCCUUGGGGCAAAUCAAAGGAGAACAUUCAUAUUGCACAUUCCCACAAGAAGAAUUAUAAACAGCCACUUCUCCAGACCAGAGAAGACAGGCGGGAGAAACAUGAGCAAGGGAGAAAACAGAGAAAAGACAAGGUGCUUGGAACCCGAAGAGGACUGACUAUAGCCUAAGGCAAACUCAGAAAUAAUUCUGUAAAUAACAUUCUGUAUGCAACGUUGCUUCAUGCUUGUAAAUAUUUUUCAUUUUCUGAGCAGUGACAUACUUAAUUUAGCCUUUUGUCUGUCUGAACAGAGCUAAUCUAAUGAGGAUAUAGAACAUUAGUACCUUUUAAAAUCACUUAUUUAGCAACUGAGGCUAUAGUUCUGAAAGAUUGCAAUAUCUUCAGAAGUACAAGUUUUAGAUUUACUACUUUUUUGUAAAUCUCAGUUCAGGUAUGUCUGAACUAUGUUCUGGAAUAACUGGAUACAAGUUUCUUCCAAAAAUUGGGGCCAAAAAGCUUCUAAAGGACUAAUUAGGGGCAAAAGAGGAGGUUUUUAGACUAAUGUUAUUAAGAAAAAGUGUUUUUAUAUCAUUGUCUUAAAGGGCAGCUUCAAUUAAAAUAUGGUUAUUGACAGUA